GGAGUUGAAGAUCUAAAGUCUAGAACUACUCAUCCUAUUCCACACAUUUUUCGCGUCAAUAGUCAACUAAUUGUGCUCAAGCCCCCGCUACUUGCCCGAUAUACUGUCCGACGAUUGUGAGGCUGUACAUAACUGUGUAGUUCUACACCAUUGGUGCUACACCAACCUCAGGUGAUCGGCUAGCCUUGAAACGAAAGAGGCCAGCCUUUCAAAACACAAGUCUACUGACUCCAACUUCGUUCCCUACUGGGCUCGGUGCCAAGUUCAAUACGCCCGAAACCUAUUAGAAUAUUCCCCGGAACCCAUCGAAUACGAUUAUCACGACGACGACGGCUGGGAGAACUGUUUCUUCUUCCCGGAAGAUUGCACACGCGCUCCUAUCUUAUAUAGCUACGAGACGGAUAGCGUCGAGUCUACCGACUCAAGUGACAAGGCUUCUUCGUCUACGCUGAGUGAUGCCGAUACAGAUUCGGACGACAAUAUGACUCCACCAGCACUUCCGGAUAUUCGAAUGCUUGAUAAUGAAGCCCUUAGCGAUUUGCUAGAGGAUAACACCUCGCCUCCAGAGAUCACUUCCAUACUAAUAUUUGCAACGAAUGGUGCGAUAUUUGCAUAUGCAUCGGAUUUGUCAACUCGUCAACUACGCAACCUCAGCGCAACUUACGGUGCAGCCUACACGUCUUUUGCUCGAACUGCUUCGACAGGAAACUUGACCGGCGUGAAGCACGCAAGCCAUCCUUCAUCAUAUGUGACUACGCCAUCUAUAUCAUUAGGAGAUGUCGGUUCGAUUGUCUUUGAAAAUGAGAAUCAAGCUGCGGUCGUGACGAGAAUCGCAGAUAAGGUCCUUCUUGCUGUAGUAGGGCCAGAAAAACUACAAAACAAGACCCAGACAACGGUCAACAUAGAAGCGAGUGGUGAUUCCAAUGAUGCAGCAGUAGAAGCAGACGAAGCAAAUCCGGUAUCAUUACAAUCAACGUCAAAUGCAACAAAAUCACCAUCAGCAUCGUCAUCAUUAAAACCGGGGAGCUCACAGCGAAAUGGAGAUGGUCUACUCGCAGCACAGUACGAAAUAGACCGAGACAAUGAUCUCGCUCGUCUAGCGGCGUUGAAUCUGAAUACGUCGCCGGAGAUACUUCUGGCUUUGGAAGCGAAAUCAGCUGCAUUAGGACGGUUUCUGCGUCAGAAACUGCAAGACCUUGAGAGUCCGGAGGAUUUUUGAUUUUCUUUACUGAUUAUUUAGACUGUCAUUUUGAGCAAGGUUGCAUUAUGCAUUUGGGCAUUGUUUUUGUCAAUAUUUUCGAGAUACCUUUUUUUUCGCUUUUCUGAUCAGGUGCAGAAUAUGGAUUCAUAUCCAAGAAUGAGACGAGUCAUCUCGUGUAUUUUAUGCAUUGUCUUUGCGAGCAGACUAGGAUAUGAGAAUGAACCAACGUUUCU